AUGGCUUGUUCUCAGUCAGUUAUCAGUUAUGGAGAGUUCUCAGCUGGAUUGCUUGUGGAGGAGGAAGAUCUCCAGCUGUCUAACUUAUGGCACAUGAACAUACAAGCUUUUCCAGAUUGGGUGAAUUGCAUAAUAGAAAAGAUCAUGGAAUUGUAUUUGAUCAUAAUCCAUUGCCACAUGUUCUCAUUUACAUCAUGUAAACUUCCAUGCAACUGGACAACUGGAAAAUUGAACUUCCCAUUCUGUGAGGCUUGCCUUGGAGAAUAUAAUUUUAUCAGUAAUACAGCAUGUUUAUGUGGACAGUUCACAGAUAUACAUCUUUGUAAAAGACAAACUGGCUGCCAAAUAGCUACUAGGUUACCAAAAUCAGAACUAAAGUACUUGUCACUUUGUAAAUGCAAUUGUGAUUCUAGUAAAGAAAUACACAAGAGUGCUACAAGUGGAAUUCUGAGAGCUGGAAAUCAAAGAGUUCCAUAUCUGGCUAAAAGUAAUGACAGUACUGGAAGAUUAAUGGAGGCACUUUGCCUAGAGUUGAGAUCAGCUAACUUUGAGAUGAAUAAUAAAAAACUAUGCUUCAAAGUGUCUAAUCUAAAAGCAAGUAUUUCAGCUUCACUGGCUCAGAAUGACGGAUACACUGUAAAAGCUUUUCAUAGAAUACCACAGAGUUUGAGAAAGAGGCUUGUCUUGCUUCCUACUUUAUAUGGAAUAUCCACAAUUGAGAGACCUGUUUUUUCUAGGCAACAUGAGACACAGCAUUUUAAUUCAAAAGAUUGCUUACCACUGAAAUCCAACAAAGUACAUAAUUAUUUUCAGUUCCGACUUGAAUCAGAUACUUCUGAGCUUUCAAAGAAUUUUUUAGUUACUUACAGGAUAUUAGCACAAGAAGAAACUGGGUUUAAUCCUGUUUGGAAAGCUUCAAAAAGUUAUCUUGAGAGUGCUGUUACUGAUCAACAGCUGUUCUUACCUUCAUCAGACAAUAUUGCAAAAGAAAAAUACUCUCCAGCUGCAUAUCAUACCUUUUUAUCUUCUUCAGCCCUUCACAACUAUUGAUCAAGAGUUGUACAAGAAAAAAGAAACCAGUUGAACAAUUUGGGGAGAAAACAUAGGUGGCAAGACCAGACAAUGAAUACAAAAGAAGAAUAUGAACACAGAAAAGAUAAGGAAAGCUACCUCUGUGCAGUUUGCUUGGAUAUCUACUUCAAUCCUUACAUGUGCUACCCAUGCCAUCAUAUUUUCUGUGAACCUUGCCUACGUAUGCUUGCCAAGGAUAAUCCAACUAGCACUCCAUGUCCUCUCUGCCGUACUGCAAUUACCCACGUUUUUUUCCAAUCAGACCUGAACAAUUCCACAGAAACUUUCUUUCCAAUGGAAUAUUCAAAAUUAAAGGAAAAUUUUCAAAAAUCAAAUUUAGCAAAUUGGCCUCUCCCUAGUUGCAAAAAAGUAUUCAGAGUUAUUGAUGGUUUUCAGAGUACAGACUCCUUCACACGAAGGCAUUUUCCACAUGCUGCUCACAGAAUGGAUUAUAUGGACUUUGAGGACGAUAGCCGUGGAUGGCGAUUUGACAUGGACAUGGUGAUCAUCUACAUUUAUGCCAUCAACUGGGUCUUGGGAUUUAUCGUGUUUUGUUUUCUUUGCUAUUUUUUCUUUCCUUUUUAA